GUCUGGAAGAACGUCGAGAUUGUCAUGAUAAAUCUAAUGCAUUAUGAAUCAGAUUUAUUUAUCAUGACUUCUUUUUCUUUUGCAUUACAAAAAUCUGUGUUGCAUCGUUCUUGCCAGAAGCUGUUCAUGGUCGACCAAGAAGUUGAGAGUGAGUUUCUCAUGCAGGACAGACAUGGUAGAGAAGGUCUCUGAGACCUCACAGAAUCUUCUAUAGACCUCACAGAAUCUGUCAUGCCAGGUCCUGCAUUCCAGACCUCAUGGGGAUGGGUCAUGGAAAACCUGCAUGACAAGUAGCGCAAUCUUCCAGGCCCAGACACGUUUGCGUUUCAUAAGGGGGGGGCGGAAAAGUCCUCGAAGACUAUCCAAGGGCAGAAAAGUAAUCCCAUACCAGAAAGAAAAGAAAAUCAUGUUGCCAAGUGCCAUCGUCGUGCAACGUUACCAACUCAUCUGUAAUGCGCAGGACCAAAGUAAGACUGGCAAUGUGUUGUCAAUGUCAUGCAGAGCGCGCCAAUUUGUGAUGCGUAUGCGUCAUAUUAGGAACGAUAAAGUUGCGAGAGAUAAGGGAGCCACUGGUCGCACCCAAAAAGAACCUUCUCGUAACCCGAAGCCGCAACAUAUUUUUUUUCUUCUGAUGUGGCUGUUCUUUUCUGUGGGAUAG